AUGUAUCCUGAAAAAAAAAAUAAAAAAAUCUAUAAAUAGCCUCUGCAUUUGAGCACAAAUCACACAAUUCUCUCACUACUUCUAUACUAUACCUAGUGAAGCAAUUAAUGGCUCAUUUGGUUUUCUUUGUUUUGUUGUUUGCUGGGCAAGUGAUUGGUGGAUUCAGUACCCAGAAACUGCCUCCAUCUGACAAUGGAAACAUACUAACAGUUCUGAGCAUUGAUGGUGGUGGUAUCAGAGGGAUUAUUCCAGCAACAGUUCUUGAUUACUUAGAAAAGGCUCUUAAGGGUAAGGAUCCAAAUGCAGAUUUAGCACAUUACUUUGAUGUGAUAGGAGGAACCAGCACUGGUGGACUCAUAACAGCCAUGUUAGCCACUCCAAGCCACGAUGAUCCUACUCGUGGCGCCUUCACUCCUGCACAAAUUGUAGAAUUCUACAAACAAAAUGGCCCUCAUGUAUUCAAUUCAUCUAGACCCGGAAACGGUCCCCAAUUCGAUGGGGAAUUUUUACAUAACAUAACUCGUGAAGUGUUGAAGGAUACACGACUUAAUCAAACACUCACCAACGUUGUAAUCCCCGCUUUCGACCUCAAGAGACAAAAGCCAGUUAUAUUCUCAAACUACAAGCUUGAGGAUGCUCCGUACUUAAAUGCGUUGUUGUCGGAUAUAUGCAUAUCCACUUCAGCUGAACCCACUCAGCUACCACCUUACUAUUUUGUGAACGAUGGUGUUGAGUUCAAUAUGAUUGAUGGUGGUGUAGCAGCUCGGAAUCCGACACAAGCAACAAUAAGUGAAGUGCUACAACACAAUGAAUAUCCGAAAAUAUUGUUGUUGUCUUUGGGAACUGGAGCAGAAAAAUAUGUGGAGAAUCCUGAUUUUGAUGCUCGCUCGGCUGCCAAUUGGACAAUAUUAAAUUGGGCUUUUGUUGCAAACGAUAUGCUUGGUCGUGCUUCUUCAGCCAUAACUGAGUAUUACCUUGCUUCACUCUUUUCAGGCUUUCAACCUCCUCACAGUACCUAUCUUCGAAUUGAUGAACACGACUUGAAUCAUGAUUUCUCCAACUCAGUUAAUGUCACAAAAGAAAACUUGGAAGGCCUUGAGAAGACUGGGCAACAACUGUUACAAGAAAAGGUUGUGAAGAUGAAUUUGAAUACUUUCAAUUUAGAAGAACAUGGAGAAACAAAUGCUGAGGCACUUCACAGGAUUGCUGAUAUUUUGCAUGAAGAAAGACAACAUCGUCUGAAAGGGAAAUCUAUGGGAAAUGGAGGAAGACCACUUCUUCAAACUUUUAGGGUUCGCUCGGACAAAAAUCAAGCAAAUUAGGGAUUUCCAAAGAACUCUAUGUUGUGUGGUUUAUCAUGCUUCUUUGGGAUUUCAUAUAUAUCCUGCAGUGAACAAAAAAAACAAACAAAAUUUAUAUAUCUCGUGUAUACCGUAAUGGUUGUUAUAAAAAUGGGAACAUUAAAUAUAUUAUUAAA